AUGAAAGGUUCCCGCAAUGGUUAUGCUGCUGUUGCUGAGGGGCCAAAGCCCCAUGCAAUGUUCAGGUGUAUUGUGGCUGUGCUGCUGACGAUUGCUGCUGCAGCAGGAGCUGCAGCAAGACACAUUCCCGUAGUGCGGCAGUGCUGCUUGCGACGACGUGCAGCCGCUGGGGCGGGGACAGAUGCAGGAGACAGUGCAGCAGCAGCAGCAGAAAAUAUGGAAGAAGGUGCAGUUUCUCUUAGGGAUAUUCGCAGCAAAGAUAAAUUCUCAAACCAAGGCAUCUCUAUGCAGACCCAAUCUGAGGGGUUAUCGAUAAAGAAACUUGUUAUUGAUGGAAAAGGGAUUGCACUUGCAACCACUCCAAUAGAUCAGGACAAGUGCUUAUUCGAAGUUUUGGUCUUGAACCCCGGAAGUAUCGCCGUUGGCGUUUGCCGCUUUCCUCAGCCAGAAGAGUUUUCUUCUUUUUCCAUUCUCAGCAGCAAGGACAGAUGCUGGAUGGCUUCUCUUGGUGGUGAGGAGGGACCAGCAAUUGAGGCCGGCGAUGUAAUAGGCUGCGCAGUGGAUCAAUCGGACACUCCUGCCCGCGUUGCUUUCUUCUUGAACGGUAUUUGUCUCUCGGCGUCCGCGAAGUCAGGUAUUCGAGGAGAGGUUUGGCCUGCGGUGUUCAUUACAGACGGUGCAUGUGUUGAGUUCGCAUUCUCUGGCGAACGUUUGCGUUACUUGGGGAUGCUUCGAGAGAGGGGUUAUAAGCCCUUAAUGGCCAGUCGAAACCUGCUCUAA